GGCCGAGAGAGUCUGAGGGGAGGAGGCCCGUGAAGGGGACCCUCUCCCUAUUCCUCUCCCGCCCAGCAGCCAAGAGAGGGACUGCGCCUGCGCAGAGACAGCCCCGCUCUGCUGCUCAGAGCCUGAGGGAGGCCUCGGGGCAGAAGGAGGAGCAGGAGAAGGAGCUGCCCCGGCCCCUCGCCCUCCGCGGCGGCCACAGCCAUGUCUCUGGACCAGUACGAGCGCCACUGCGACUCCAUCAACUCCGACUUCGGCCACGACUCUUCCUCGUCCGGCCGCGGAGGGCCCCCUCGGCCCCCGCCUGCCUUGGCCGCAGCAGCAGCAGCAGCAUCAGGGGAGCAGGAGGAGCUCCACUACGCCCCCAUCCGCGUCCUGGGCAGAGGCGCCUUCGGGGAGGCCACGCUCUACCGCAGGACGGAGGAUGACUCACUUGUGGUGUGGAAGGAAGUGGAUCUUACCAGAUUAUCAGAAAAAGAACGCCGUGAUGCUUUGAAUGAGAUUGUUAUCCUUGCUCUCCUGCAACAUGACAACAUAAUUGCCUAUUACAAUCAUUUCAUGGAUAACAACACUCUGCUGAUUGAACUGGAGUACUGUAAUGGAGGAAACCUCUAUGAUAAGAUUCUACGACAGAAAGACAAGUUGUUUGAGGAAGAGAUGGUGCUGUGGUACCUUUUUCAGAUUGUAUCAGCAGUGAGCUGUAUCCACAGGGAAGGAAUCCUUCACAGAGAUAUAAAGACACUGAAUAUCUUCCUCACCAAAGUAAAUCUUAUCAAACUAGGUGACUAUGGUUUGGCAAAAAAGCUGAACUCUGAGUAUUCCAUGGCUGAAACUUUGGUAGGAACCCCAUACUACAUGUCUCCAGAGCUUUGCCAGGGAGUAAAAUACAGCUUUAAAUCUGAUAUCUGGGCAGUUGGCUGUGUUGCCUCUGAGCUCCUCACACUGAAGAGAACAUUUGAUGCAACGAAUCCCUUGAAUCUCUGUGUAAAGAUUGUGCAGGGGAACCGGGCAAUGGAAGUUGAUUCCAGUGUUUAUUCUCUGGAUCUCAUCCAGAUGGUACACUCUUGCCUUGAUCAGGAUCCUGAGAAGAGGCCUACUGCUGAUGAGCUGCUUGAAAACCCUGUUAUCAGCAAAUACAGGAGGGAAAUGGAGGAGAAAGUUGUGCUGCUUAAUGGCCCAAAUAAACGACCAAGAACCAGUACCAUGAAUGAUGCUCCCAUUGCAGUGGUGACUUCACGCACUAGUGAAGUAUAUGUAUGGGGCGGUGGGAAGUCCACUCCUCAGAAGCUGGAUGUCAUUAAAGGUGGCUGCAGUGCACGACAAGUCUGUGCUGGAAACACCCACUUUGCACUUGUGACAGUAGAGAAGGAGCUCUAUACCUGGGUGAACAUGCAAGGUGGCACCAAAUUGCAUGGUCAACUGGGGCAUGGAGACAAAGCUUCUUACCGACAGCCGAAGCAUGUGGAAAAAUUGCAGGGAAAAGCCAUUCACCAAGUGUCUUGUGGAGAUGACUUUACUGUUUGCAUUACAGAUGAGGGUCAGGUCUUUGCCUUUGGCUCAGACUACUAUGGCUGUAUAGGUGUAAACAAAGCUUUUGGCUCUGAAGUACUGGAGCCCAAGCAGCUGAACAUCUUCCUCAACAACCCAGUGGAGCAGGUGUCAUGUGGAGAUAAUCAUGUAGCAGUGCUGACCCGAAAUCGAGAGGUCUACACAUGGGGCUGUGGAGAAUAUGGCCGUUUAGGUUUGGAUUCAGAAGAGGAUCACUGGCUCCCACAGAAGGUGGAAAUUCAGAAAGCCUCCAAUAUUGUUUCAGUUCAGUGUGGCAGUGAUGGAACCUUUCUGCUCACACAGACAGGCAAAGUGUUGGCUUGUGGUCUAAAUGAAUUCAACAAGCUGGGCCUCAACCAGUGCACUUCAGGGAUCAUUAAUCAUGAUGCUUACCAAGAAAUUCCUUACACAACUUCUUUUACUUUGGCCAAGAAACUCUCCUUCUACAAGAUUCGCACCAUUGCUCCAGGAAAGACACACACAGCUGCCAUUGAUGAGCGGGGUCGUUUGCUUACCUUUGGCUCCAACAAAUGUGGGCAGCUGGGUGUUGGAAACUAUAAGAAGCGGCUAGGUAUUAAUCUGCUGGGAGGACCGCUUGGAGGGAAGCAGGUCAUCCAGGUUUCCUGUGGUGAUGAAUUCACUAUAGCUGCUACUGAUGAUAACCAUAUAUUUGCCUGGGGUAAUGGUGGGAAUGGCCGUUUAGCAAUGACACCAACAGAGAGAGCUCAUAGUUCUGAUAUCUGUACAUCAUGGCCUCGGCCAAUUUUUGGUUCCCUGCAUUAUGUCCCAGAUUUGUCUUGCCGUGGCUGGCACACCAUAAUAAUUGUUGAAAAAGUUAUAAAUUCUAAAAUCCUCCGUUCCAGCAGUAGUGGCCUGUCCAUUGCAACUGUGGCUCAGAUCUCCACAACUGAAGUAGGAGAAGAAGAGGACAGUGAGAGAGAGUCUGAUAUCCCUGAUCCCAGCAGAGGUUUCCGUGGGACUAUGGAAGCAGACCAUAAAAUGGGAGAUCGAAUCUGUGCUAAUGAAGCCAUUGUAGAUAGCAGUGCUGCUAGCAACUCUUGUCCUAGCUGGCUUCGCAAGGAGCUGGAGAGUGCAGAGUUCAUCCCCAUGCCUGAAACCCCCUCUCUUGCAAGCCUAGAAUCUGAAUCUGACAAAGAAACUCUUCCUUAUGAUGAGCUGAAGGGACUCCACAUGGCUCCUCCCACACCUGUUGAUAUUAACAAGACCAAUGCAGGGUCCUGGCACCUUCUGGAUUCAGCAGAGCCCUGUAGUGGUGAAAAGACUGCUGUAAUACCAAAUCCAUGUAAAUGUAAUCUGCUGCAAGCUGAAGUGGAGCGCCUGAGUGGCUUAAUAUCAAAGUGCUUGGCUGACCAGGAAAAACUUCACCAAGAAACCAGCCGUCUCAGUGCCCAGCUUCAGAGUCUCAUUAAAAGAACACAAGGAACACAGCAGCUGGAAGCUCAUUCCAAAGCCACACAGACCACCAAAGAAGAGAUGGAAAUGGAUCCAAAACCUGACUUGGAUUCUGACUCCUGGUGUCUCCUGGGAACUGAGUCAUGCCGCUUCAGCCUGUAAACUUCUGAGUCCACUGGAAUCCAUCCAAUUUCACAACGUAUUAUCUGAAUGCAGAGAGCAGCUUUCCUGGCUUCAGGUCCUUUGUGAACAAGGAGGUCAGGAUCUUCACAGCAUCCAUGUAUGCAAGAAGGGAAGCACUAUGGACUUAGGAGGUAAUUCAGAGGGAGGCACAGCCCCACGUUCAAUCCUUGGUCUGCUCAGACAUCAUGUUGACAGCAAGCCCUCUCAAAAUACAGUAUACAGUAUGUCAACGUGACCUUGAGGCGAGAUAGCCACACCACAAGUGUGGCUCCAACAGCAUCACAUCCUUAGUUUCUUUCCCAACUUUCCAAAGGUGACACUGGGCCACUAGCAAUAGUCAGCUCAUCAUCAGGCAACUGAUAUAGGAAAGACGACUGAAAGGAGAGGGGGGAAAAAUAAGCACCCAAAUUUUGAGUCAAACUGAAAUACUUUCAGUCUAAACUCAGAGGGGCAGGAUCCCAGUCUGUUGGGGAAGUUGCUUGCAGGUGGGGAAGUCUAGAAAAGAUCUGGUUCUGAAAAUGGGUGAAAGCUUCCACAACAGAAAAUUUAUGUCUUAGAUGUAGUUCUGGCCAUAUUUCUUUCAGCCUGUAUGGAAGGUAUUUAUAGCUUUUACUUAAGGAAUAUUUGGGAGAGGAUCUCAGGCACAUUUUCCUUAGCAUUUUCACCAGGUAGUGUCAUCUUAGUAUGAAUACCAGAGUGAGCUGCUGAAAGCCUCCUUUUUUCAGUUUUUGGAGUUUUUGUUCCUAUCCAGUACUUGCUGAACCUGGAGCCAUGCUGUUUUUACUAGAAUUACUGUAUGCAGCCAAAUUACAGGCAGCAGAUUAUUAUACAUCACUUCAGAGCAUUGCUUGUAUUUUUAGUACUAAGCUGUAUAUGAAGGAAAUUUCAAGAUACAAUUUUUUCCUUUCCCGUUAAAAAUGAUACUAAUACCCUUGCUAAACAAUUUAGCUAAUAAAUGUAAGACUGAUACAGAUGUGACCUCUGGGAAACACAUCUAUAUACCUCCCCAUCAUGGAGUGGGAGUCCCAUUGUCCCUUAUUUUAACAAUGUUAUAGCUUAACAUUCUAGAACUGUGUCUGCUUAGUGUCCCUUAUUUUUGAUUUGGUAAUCCUAUAUUAUAUCCACCUUUCAACAAAUCAUUUUGAGAUUCCCUCAUUCACUCUUCUACAACUGUAUCAGACAUGCACAUUUUUCUGCCUGGAGGUUUCUUACCUCAAAUAGUGCAUUAUAAAGGAUUUACUUGAUUCUUUUCUGACUAUUCUCCUGGAACUGAAUCAGUUGUAAUUUUUUGGCUUCUGUUCAGCCCCAACAACACAGAGGCUUUGGUGUGCCUUUCCUUAGUGGAAAAGAAGGAUAAAGACCUUGAAUGUAAGAAAUACUAAAUGUUCAGUAGAUUAUUAUGCACUUGGCUGAUGCUAAGUACUGGAGUUGUUUUAUCUCUUUCAUAAGAGAAUCAUGUCACAGCUUAGAGACUCUUCUAUUAUGAAGCAAGAAAUGAAAGUCCAGUUCAUAUCAUGAAAGAAAUCACUGAGUUAAUUGGAACUGCUCUCCUGCAGCAUUAUUACAUUAUUUCGCAGUGCUCAGCAUUUGGAAAAUGAAGUGCAUAGACAAGAUUCCCCUUUAGUCUAGUGGAGUACUGGGUUAUCAUGUUGAGGGAUAGUUACCUGUGCUCCACAGCAAUAUAUGUGCCUUAAAGGAUUCACACUGUCCAAGCUGUGCCUGUUACAGACCACAAUAUAUGCACCAGUCCUGCUAUGCAACCAAAGACACAUUUUAAACACAGAUCUUGCCCUGGAAGGUGAAGGGCAAGUAGGCCAGUGUGCCUUAAAGUAGUUUCAAACCCAGUUCUUUCUCCCCUUUCAGCAGUGCUAGUUCUAUAGAUGUCAGUCUCUUGCUAACACUGCUGUUGAUUUGUUAUAGUGGAACACAACAUAUGCAUGCACUGACACACUAGGAGAAAAACUAGUUUGUCAUUAUCUAUCUUUGAAAGAUUCAGUGGUGAAGUGGUUUGAAAUUUUCUGUUUCAAUAAAUGUUGACACUCA